CCCUUUUUCCCUCCUCUCUCCCUCUCUCGUUUCCACUUUCGGCCGACCAAAUGAAACAAAGAUCACAGUGAAACCCAUUUUUCUCCCUCGUCGUCCUCCUCGAAUUCGUUCAAAUGCAGGAGUUCCUUGGAUCCGUUCGCCGCUCUCUGGUAUUCCGCACGACCUCCGAUGAUGACAACCAGGAGAAUCACCCUCCUUUCUCCGGUGCUCUCGCCGACAAGAUCACUUCUUGCAUCCGCAAAUCGAGGGUUCUCAUAAAACCCAACUCCCUUUCCCCUUCACCUCCUCAUCUUCCUCCUCCGGCGGCGGAGGCUCCUCCGUCAUCUGCCGCCGAUAUGGCGCCUCCGAUCCGCUGGAGGAAAGGUCAGUUAAUCGGUCGCGGCGCGUUUGGUACAGUGUACAUGGGGAUGAAUCUCGACUCCGGGGAGCUUCUCGCCGUCAAACAGGUUCUGAUUGCAGCCAAUUGUGCUACCAGGGGAAAAACUCAGACUCAUAUUCAGGAGCUAGAGGAGGAAGUGAAGCUUCUCAAGAAUCUCUCCCAUCCUAACAUUGUCAGAUAUUUGGGCACAGUGAGGGAAGAUGAAACCUUGAACAUUCUGCUUGAGUUUGUUCCAGGUGGAUCUAUCUCCUCGCUCUUGGAGAAAUUCGGCCCUUUUCCGGAAUCAGUUGUACGGACGUACACGGAACAACUACUUUUGGGAUUGGAGUACCUUCACAAUCAUGGGAUAAUGCACCGGGAUAUUAAGGGGGCUAAUAUCCUUGUAGAUAACAAAGGAUGUAUUAAACUUGCGGAUUUCGGUGCAUCCAAACAGGUCGUUGAGUUGGCUACCAUUUCGGGUGCAAAGUCUAUGAAAGGAACUCCAUAUUGGAUGGCUCCAGAAGUUAUUCGUCAAACUGGGCAUAGCUUCUCAGCAGAUAUAUGGAGUGUUGGAUGUACAGUUAUUGAGAUGGUGACAGGAAAGGCUCCUUGGAGCCAGCAGUAUAAGGAGGUUGCUGCUAUCUUUUACAUUGGGACAACUAAAGCGCAUCCACCAAUACCAGAGAAUCUCUCUGCUGAUGUGAAAGACUUUCUUCUCAAAUGUUUACAGGAGGAACCAAAUCUGCGGCCAACUGCAUCUGAGCUGCUGAAGCACCCUUUUGUUACGGGCAAACAAAGGGAAUCUGCUUCUGCUGUUCUUGCUUCUAUCAUGGACAAUUCUAGUAUUUCACCCUCUCGCUUAACUGACAUAAACAACUCUACGAUGUCUGCCUGUGAUGAUGCGGGAGAUAUAUGUAACUUGGGCAGUCUGAAUUGUUCGCUUGUGUGCCCAGAGAAGUCGAUCCAAAGUGACAAUAUGUGGCGAAAGAAUGGUAAUGAUGAUGAUGGCGACGACAUGUGUUUGAUGGAUAAUGAGAAUUUCUUAACAUUUGAUGCAGAGUCUACUCAGUCUAGCUGUGCCCUUGAGAAGAAUAACGAUACCAAGAAGAGCUGUGAUGCCCUGAAUGAAAUAUCCGAUGUUUUGAAGUACGAAUUUGAUGAAAGUCCUGUAAAUGGAGAAAGAGAGACUAAUCUCAGCAUGGAAGUUGACCGACCAUCAUACUCAGAAGAGGAGGAUGAGCUCACUGAGUCAAAAAUUAAAGCUUUCUUAGAUGAGAAGGCUUCAGAGCUAAAGAAGUUACAGACACCUCUAUAUGAAGAAUACUACAACAGUUUGAUCACAUGCUCUCCCAGUUGCAUGGAGAGUAGUAGCAACAGCAAUAAACGAGAAGAGACUCCUCGUAGUUUCUUGAAGCUGCCUCCAAAAAGCAGGUCGCCGAGUCGGGGUCCUAUUGGUGGCUCACCUUCUAGAGCAGUUGACACUGCCGGUCGUUCUAAGAGCCCCGGAAGUGGUGGUAGCCCUGAUGUGUCUAAUAUGCUCAAUGCUAGCGAUGAAGCUGUACAAGAUCUUGCAUCUGCUCGGGUCAGUGACUGGAGAGGUCUUCUUGUUGAUGCUCAACAGGAAUCAAGCAACCAGAGUGUGGCUUUGUCUGAGAUUGAGAGAAAGUGGAAAGAAGAACUCGACCAAGAACUAGAAAGGAAGCGGCGAGAGAUUAUGCGGCAAGCAGGGAUGGGAACAUCUCCAAGAGAAAGAAGCUUGAGCCGACAUAGAGAGAAGUCAAGAUUUGCAUCUCCUGGUAAAUGAUCUGUAUGGAAUGCAAUUGUUUCUGGCCAUUUCUCUCAAGGUUCAUACCGCUCUCCUCAAGAACGAUCACUUUGUUCUCUGGCCAGACAUCCCAGUAACAGAGAGAGAUGUCUGAACCUUCGGUUUUCAAUCUCUUGAUUGCUUGACUAAGUAUAUACAUAAUAUAUAUGUACCUUUUGUUUUGACGUGAAGAAACAUGAACUUUGGAGAAUGUCUCUGAGAUGUUUGUUGAAAGUAUAGAUGUGUUUGAUGCGAGUGUCUGGUGCAUAUUUUGUACCUUUCAUUUCCUAAUAAAGAGAUUUCUGGUUUUGUGAACUGCAAAACUAAAUGUAUUUUAA